GCCUAUCAUCUGUGACACAUAUCGGGUGCAUAAACUACACCAUUCCCACGUCUCCCUCUCUCUCUCGCUCCCACACCUAGGAGAUUUUCAGAUGGAUCUUGCAAUAUCCGCCGUUACAGGUGACCUUGCCAGCCGAUUCAUCUCUUUCCUCAUGAACAAAUACGCAGAUCAUCUGUGCUCGGAAGACAAGGCGGAGAGGCUGCAACAACUCCUGCUGAGAGUUCACACGGUCGUCGAGGAGGCGGACGGACGAUGCAUCACCAACUCUUGUAUGCUCAUGCAGUUGAAGAAGCUAUCGACGGCCAUGUACCAAGGGUACCAUGUGUUGGACAACGUCAGGUACAGGCAACAUAAGGAGGCAUCCAAGGACUUGGUGAGCGAUUCAUCUACCUCGUCCCCUGAUUAUAUCAUCAUUCCUUUCAAACGUGCUCGCACAACCAAUAGUUCUUCGCCAAACAAGGCAUCCGACUCGGAGUUACAAAGUUCACUUCAUAGUCUCGAGGCUGCUGUUGCUAACAUGGUGGAGUUCGUCGUGCUUUUGGGCGGAUGCGAGCGCGUCUCCCGGAGACCGUAUGAUGCCUAUCUUCAGGUCGACAACUUCAUGUUUGGCCGGCAUGUCGAGAAGCAGAAGAUCGUCAACUUCUUGCUGCAGGAGAACAUGCCUGGUCCUCCGGCAGUGCUACCAGUCGUCGGUGGACGUGGAGUUGGGAAGAGAACUCUGGUUGCAGAUGUAUGCAGGUAUGACAGGGUGCGUUCUCAGUUCGCAGUUAUUUUGCACCUGAGUGGAGACGGUCUUACCCGGAUGACAGACCAUGAAAUUCCGUCAGGGAAGACGCUGGUAGUUGUCGAGUUUGCUUCUGAUGUAAACGAUGAUGACUGGAACACAUUCUGUUCAUCUGUUGCGGGUAUGGAAGCAGGAAGCAAAGUGAUAAUCUUAGGCCGAAAAGAAAGCUUGACGAAAUUUGGGACCGUCAAGGCUAUUUCUCUGAACCGUAUGGCAUUCGAGGAGUACAGGUACCUGUUAAAGACGCUCACAUUCGGAAGCGCGAACCCAGGAGACCAUCCGCGGUUAGCAACGAUAAUGGAAGAGUUCGCUGUGGUGUUGGAUGGAUCACUCGUUUCAGCUAACUUGCUCGGAUAUGCAGUGAGAAAGAAUCUGAAUGCCCAUUUCUGGCUUAGCAUAUUGAACAAUAUCAAAAUCACAAGGAAGAUGAACAUGUCCAUGUUUGGCUUCCAUCCAAAUGGCCUUUUCGAUCAAGGCCGUCCAGUGUACUUCGGGCCUGACUACCUCUUGUCUCCUGCCGCUCCAUCAUGCCGUAAAACCUCUGCUAGCUGUCCGAAUAGUAGUCUACCCAAAGUCAUAUUCGGGGACUUAUUAGCAGAAGGGGUCCAUACUGUUCGACCGAAGGGAGACUUUAGGCUGAUCUCUUGGGAAUCAAGGUUACCACCAUACACUGCAUUUGUUCAUCUGGUACGCUUUGUUCCAAGUUGUGUGGAUGAUAAGCCAGAAUCAUCCUUAUCAGGGAAGAAGCGUCCGGGGCCGUCUGCGUAGUCUCAUGCCACAUAUGUUCAAAUAGCACUUAGAGAUGUUAUGAGAUAUUGUAGAUCUGAGUAUGAUAUAACGAUAAACAUAUCAAACUGAUCAUAAUCUGCUCUUUUAGUUUAGAGAAGAGUCACAGGAAAAGUUACAUGUGCCAUCGGUUGAUUCAUAGGAAUGGGUUCUGAAUGUAAAAAUAUAUUGCCCGCCUCAACAACUAGCUAAAGCAUGAAUUUAAUAUGACAUCAGCAAAAGUUGUAUUAAAAUAAAAAAAGGUCAUGCGGCCUAGGUCUAAGGAUUAAGAAAGACCAGACGUGAGCAGGAGUGUUGAUUAGUAUA